AUGGUACGAACAAAACAAACUGCUAGAAAAUCCACGGGGGGCAGAGCCCCUAGAAAGCAACUCUCAUCGAAGGCAAGGAAUAAUUCUCCACGACAGUUUCACGAUCAUGCUGGUCGGGCGUAUACGGUCCUCUGCGCCUUCUCGACGUCUGGAAAAUUAGUUCAAAAGCUUGGAAUCCAACUCUAUCUCCUAGGAGAACGUACAGAUUCUGACAUUGAGACCUUUGCUGAGAAAUUUAUCCAUUGCGACGGCAUUGGGGGUUGGGGGAAUGCCUCAAAUUAUUGGCCCCGUGUUGACACGUAUGCAGGUUUUAAAACCGUCGAGGAAUGCAUAGAACACCAUAGAAAAGAAAAGAAAUUCCGAAAGGCAGUUAUUGAGAACAUGAGGCGAGAUGCAGUCGCGGGGCUCUUGGAGGAGGCUGCAAAUGAAAAGUUGCUCAACGAGAUUCGGGGCAGAGAGCCCCUACCGCAUAUUAUUCCAUCUUGGUGCCCAUCAGACGCGUUUUGGAGAGAGGGUGACUACAAGGACGACAGAUAUCGAAGCUGGAUUAUUGUCGUUGAAGAAGAUCGACUAUGCUGGGAUGAUGUGGUCGAAAGAGGCUUGCUUCAAGUGCGUUUCGAUCUUGAUGUAACCCCCCAAAUGCUGACCGAAAGCUGGUGCGAAGGGGUGGACGCCGAUAGCUGCUUGGAGAAAGAUAAAGAGGGCUGGGUCUUUGUAGACUGGUCCGGGAAUGAAAAACGAACGCCAAUCGACAGACGGCUCCUCUGCGUCCGAGACGAGCCUCACCGUCUCGUGGAUCUAAGUAUCACAGACCCCGAGGAGAUCGCAAAGAUGAUGUACGGAUGGGAAACUCCUGGAACAGACGCCAGGUUGGCUCAUGUUUGGUCAUCUUGUACUACUCGUCUCAGGGAUUGUACCUACAGAGGUUCCUCCUGCGAUGCAUGCUACAAUGAAGAGGAGCACGAGUUUUGCGAGCAGGACCUGGACGAGCAUUAUUUUGAUGAGGACGGGCAAUGUAUCGCUUGCCGAAGAGCAACUGAGUAUCGGCGCCGGAGCAAAAGAAUCGCUACCAAGAAGGCCAAAUUCAGUUGA